UUCUGCACCACUCUCGAUCUAUUAUUCUUCUUACCCAUUCUGCUCUCCCUAAACCCAAAUACUUCUCCUCCUCUGUUCUUUGGCCACUGUCGCAUGAAGCAAAUCAAAAGGCUUAAGUAGUACUUAAGAGAAGAGAUUCAUAUAUGUCUAACAAGCUCUUCAAAAUAAAAUGGAGAUAGAGAACCAAGAAGAUAACCGAGCAGCGUUGGGUGACUCAAGAGGAGACUUCGAUUGCAACAUAUGUUUGGAUCAGGUUCGAGACCCGGUCGUGACUUUUUGUGGCCACUUGUUUUGUUGGCCUUGCAUUUACAAGUGGAUUUAUUCAUCCAACACAUCAAGACAACGAGUCGAUCAGUACGAUAAGAAGGAAUCUCCAAAAUGUCCGGUAUGUAAAUCCCAUAUCUCAGAGGCUACGCUUGUCCCUAUCUAUGGACGGGGACAGAAAACAUCCCAGUCCGGUUUAACCCUACCGAACAGACCAUCCCCUCCGGUUUAUAACGUAAGAGGAGUUGGUCAAAGUUUAGGAGAAGGUGAGAGUCAACGGUACAUGUAUAGAAUGCCUGAUCCGGUGAUGGGUGUUGUAUGCGAGAUGUUAUAUCGUAGACUAUUUGGUGAUUCUUCUAGAAACGUGACACCGAACCGGAGCCACAGUGACACAAAUAUCCGGUUAAGUCGGCGGCCAAUGCAGGCUGAGGAGUCGUUAAGCAGAGUCUACUUGUUCCUCCUUUGCUUUAUGGUUAUGUGUCUGAUUCUCUUCUAGUUAUAAUGUCAUCUGGCAUAUAAAUUUACUAGUAUGUAAGUGGCACCAAACUGGCUUUUGUAUAUUUUCAUCUAGUAAUAAUAAU